AUGAAACUGUUUCAGAACGUGCUGGAGCUUCCACAUCCGUUCAGCAUCACAACGAUAGCCAACUGGAGAAAGUAUCCAAAUGAUCACAGUAGACAGGUUAUUGCCGUGGACGUCCUAGAUCGGACAAUCAACCAACAAACAAACGUUUUGAGAACAGAGAGACUGUUGACUUGUCGACAAAAUGUGCCUUGGAUUAUCAAAAAGUUGGGCUUGCCGAUACCGGAACUGACUUAUGUGAGGGAGAUAUCCGAUCUAGACUUGAAUACUAUGACUUAUACCGCACGAUCUGUAAAUUUAUCACUACGAAAUCUCAUAACCGUCGAAGAAAUGUGUAUAAUAAGGCCAAGUCCAUCAUCACCAUCAACCGCCUCCGAAUUCACACAAUCAGCCAAAAUAACAGCUCUAGGAUGUAUAUCAACCAUGGCCCGACUAGUAGAAGAAGCAGCUGUGAAUCGCUUCAAAGCAAAUGCUACUCUGGGACACCUAGGUCUGCAACAAAUAUGCGAUAAUGUCGUUGCCGAAGCAAAGGAAUUGGUUGAUGAAGCUGAAAAGCUGGUUGAUGAAGCAAAGGGCAAAGUCGAUCAUGCAUUCAAGGAUGCUUUUGCUCGAGAGUAUAUGAGCUUCGAGAAUCGAAGAGACUCUCGACGUUCUAUUUGA